AAUUUCUGCUAACCCAAAUUCAGUAACUAGAGUUCAGUGAUAAACUCUGAAGUCAGGCCCAUAAAUGUGGCCACAGCGGUGAUGGGUGGCAGAGACAGCGAAAAUAGCCAAACCAUUUCUGUCUCAGCUCCAUGCUUGCAAGAAAACCUACAGAGACAAACUUUUCAACAAAACAAGCACAUUCAGUAUUUGCAGGUAUGAGAAACCACACAAACAUAGCUCGCAUCCCCUCCUGACCUUCUGUAACUUUUUAUAAACCUUCAAUCCAUUCCCCUCUCUUCAUUCUUUCAGUCUCCUGCUUUCUCCCUCGCUUUCCAGACAACACAAAAUCUCUUACCAAAAUCUUUCUUGUGGUUUCCCUCAGUGGUACAUAAUAGAUUGUAUGGCUACAAUAUUUUAAACAAGAACAGAAACAUGCAUAUACUGUAACAAAAUAACUUUACAUCACAUAAAAUCAGUGUGAAACAUUUGAGACUAACUGUAGUUUUUUUCCAUACCCUAAGGAAUAAUAAUGUGUAACCGGCUUCUCUAAAUGAUGAUAGAUAUUUAUAAUACAUUGGAUCUGAAUGACCAAAGCAGCUCCGGUGGAGGGAAGUCUGGCUACAGUGUGACAACAUGGCCACUGCAGCUUAAAACCUGGAGCCGGAGUCCCUGACCAGUGAAGGCAAACCUUGGUCAGGUUUGGCCAGAAGUUGAGGCAAGCAGGCCCCAGGCCAGGUGGAGAGAACUCAUCCACCAGCAUGGGAGGGAGCAGGGUGGUAUGGGGGGGGGGAUUAACCUCUCCAGCCACAGCAAUUAACCCAGAUUCUCUGUUCAGUGUUUGAAACUAUUUGAAACUAUUAAGGUACAUCCACUCCCUACAGCUGUGGCUGGCAGCCUUGCUACAUUGUAACAACAAGGCUACAUAGCCCAGCCACCCAUUCAUACAAGCAUGCUGCCCCCGCAGCCUCCUGCUUGUAUGGAGAAUCUGCCCAUGUUCCCCUGCACUACAGGCCAAGGCUGACUGCUUUUCAUGAAAUGCUUAAGGCAGCGGGUAGAGGUUAUUUGUCUUAAUCCCUUUUAAGAAAAUAUACCCCUAUGCUUAUGGCCCUAUCUCUAAAGUCCUGUUAGUGAUCCCAAUCUCAAGGCCAAAGAAGUCACAAUUUGAAUCUGUCCCACGUCAAUGUCAGUCUAAGUCAGGACAAAACACAACAACACGCAGACACACAGGACAAUGGACAGGCAAAUCCUCUUGGUGCCAAACAAACCAAAGACGACAGCCUCAAGCUGUUUUGCCAGUGCAACCAGCCCGUCCAUCUAGAGAACCAAGACAUUGAGAGCAUCCCCCCAUGUCUCUCUACAGAACUGAGAAGCACAGCCUGCAUGUCUCUAGACAGAACUGAUACACCAGGAGCAUCCCGCCAGACUCUCUACAGAAACCAGAGGACCCUGGGGACCUCUCCUCAGCUCCUUUUCCCCAGACACUGUUGACAACUGAGGUGUUCUAAUCUCCAUUGGGUGGAGAGAAUCCGGAGAAACAACCAGCGUAGCCCAGAUCACCUGUUAUAAAGUCCACGGAGUCCGCAGAACUCAGGAGACGCCCGAGAUCUGAGAUGGGGGCGAUGGCGCCGCGCACGCUGCUCCUGCUGCUGGCGGCCGCCCUGGCCCCGACCCAGACCCGCGCGGGUUCGCACUCCAUGCGGUAUUUCUACACCAUCGUGUCCCGGCCCGGCCUCCGGGAGCCCAGAUAUGUGGAAGUCGGCUAUGUGGACGACAAGCAGUUCGUGCGCUUCGACAGCGACGCGGAGACUCCAAGGAAGGAGCCCCGCGCGCCAUGGAUGGAGCAGGAGGGGCCGGAGUAUUGGGAGAGGAGCACACAAAGAACCAAGAACCGCGAGCAGGCUUUCCGAGGGAACCUGAGGACCCUGCUUGGCUACUACAACCAGAGCGAGGGCGGCUCUCACACCAUCCAGGAGAUGUAUGGCUGUGACAUGGGGUCCGAUGGGCGCCUCCUCCGGGGUUAUAAACAAUUCGCCUACGACGGCCACGAUUACAUCGCCCUGAACGACGACCUGACGACGUGGACGGCUGCGGACACAGCAGCACAGAUCACUCUGAGCAAGUGGGAGCAGGCUGGUGCUGGGGAGAUCAGCAGGGCCUACCUGGAGGGCGAGUGCGUGCAGUCUCUGCGCAGAUACCUGGAGAACGGGAAGGACACACUGCUGCGCACAGACCCCCCAAAGGCACACGUGACCCAUCAUCCUGGAUCUAAAGGUGAUGUCACCCUGAGGUGCUGGGCCAUGGACUUCUAUCCUGCUGACAUCACCCUGAGCUGGCAGAGGGAGGAGGAGGAACAGACUCAGGAUAUGGAGCUGGUGGAGACCAGACCUUCUGGAGAUGGAACCUUCCAGAAGUGGGCAUCUCUGGUGGUGCCUUCUGGGGAGGAGCACAAAUACACAUGCCAUGUGCACCAUGAGGGGCUGCCUGAGUCCCUGACCCUGAGAUGGGAGCCUCCUCAGUCCAUGGUCCCCAUCAUGGCAGUCAUUGCUGGUCUGGUUCUCCUUGGAGCUGUGAUCAUUGGAGCUGUGGUGGCUGUUGUGAGGAAGAGGAGGAGAAACCCAGGUGGAAUAGGAGGGAACUAUGCUCCAGCUCCAGACAGGGACAGCGCCCAGAGCUCUGAUGUGUCCUUCCAAGACUGUAAUGGUAACACUCUGAGAGCUGAUAUCGGGAGGGGCAGAGUAGACAUGAUUGGGUUUCAGGGCCUCCCAGAAUCACCUUUUAGUGAAUGGCGGGUUGUUGGGAUGUUGUCUUCACAAUAAUU